CAUCAAAACUUUUUUCCUCAAAAUCAGUGCGAUCCCUCAAGAUCGCAGUUUGUACAUGACUUGACGCGAGCAUGUUGUUGCGCAUUGAUUGUUGAUCGUGGUCUGCAGACGCGACACAUCAUUAUAAAGGAUGUGAUGAUAGAAAAAAGAAUGUCUUCCACUGGUCCUACUCACCAAGCACUGAGUAAUAUUCUCAACAAUACUGAUUCAGCUCCCUCUCAGCGUCAAUGCCGCGACCACCGCCCUUCAGAGAAGGCUCUGUACCAAGUCGAGGAGGACCAAGAACGCCGUGAGGCACGCCGCCGCCCAAGUGGUCAAGAAAAAAUUAAGGCCACCCGUAAAAAUCGUGUGGACAGAGGUACACAUGACAGUACACAGUUUUCAACACAGGCUAUCCACAUACUUCAGUCAUUUUCCAACGUAGAACCCUGGCUCUGGACAUGCCAAAAGGCUGUAGAAUCCAUGCCAGCCAACCACUGGCCGGUGCACCUCAAACCAGUGCUGGCCAGUCUAUCUAGGACUAGUGUUAGCUAGUAUAUUACAGCCAGGAUGGAUUAUUGACUACAUGUGGGACCAGUGCUGGCCAGGUUAUACACUUGAAUAGUGCUAGCAUGGCCAGCCUGACUAUGUGACAUGUAGCAUUAGGCUGGCCAGGUAUAUACUUAAAUUGUGCUAGCAUACAUAUACUAGAUAGCCUAUUGUACCUGAU